AUGACACAGGGAAAACUUUUUGCCGCAACCAAAACCCCAAAUUCAGAAGGCGAACAGGGAGGCCCCGAGAAAAGAGAACCCAUGUCGGCAUCAACUGCUCCCCCCACUUAUGAGGAGGCAACUGUGGGCGCCAAGAAUAACAGCCCAUCACCAUCAGCACCUAUGCACCCCAGCUGGGCCUACGUGGAUCCAAGUCGCAGCCCAAGUUAUGGAAGUGGUGGUUUCUCUGGUGAGAGUGAGCUAUUUUCCUCAUUCAGUUGGGAUGAUAAGAAUGUCCGACGGAUUUUCAUCAGAAAGGUCUAUAUUAUCCUGAUGAUUCAGCUCUCCUUCACAGCUGGAGUUAUUGCUCUGUUCACCUUCUGCGACCCUGUCAAGAUUUACAUUCAGGCGCGUCCUGGCUGGUACUGGGCUUCAUAUGCUAUCUUCUUUGUUACCUAUAUGACCCUGGCCUGCUGCCCUGGACCAAGGAGGUAUUUUCCAUGGAACCUGAUCCUCCUGAGCAUUUUUACUCUGGCCAUGUCUUACAUGACGGGAAUGAUGUCCAGCUUCUACAAUACAAAAUCGGUUCUGCUUUGCUUUGCCAUCACAGCACUGGUGUGUUUUGCGGUUACAAUAUUCAGUUUUCAAACUAAGUUUGACUUUACCUCCUGCCAUGGGGUUCUGUUUGUGUUGCUGAUAGUCCUUUGCAUCAGUGGCUUGGUCCUGGCGAUUGUGUUGCCGUUUCAAUAUGUUCCCUGGCUUCAUGCUGUUUAUGCAGUGCUUGGCGCUAUCAUUUUUACAAUGUUCCUGGCCUUUGACACGCAGCUACUGAUAGGGAAUCGCCGGUACGCGAUCAGCCCUGAGGAGUACAUCUUUGGGGCGCUGAAUAUCUACCUGGACAUCAUUUACAUCUUCACCUUCAUGCUGCAGAUUUUUGGCACCAAUAGAGAAUGA